AUGGCCCUCGUGGGUCGCCAGUACUCAACUGCCAUGGCCAUCACCGAUCCGCUCGUCAAAUACCGCACCCUCAUCUCCACCAAACUUCUCGCCCCAGACCCCUCUCAACACCGGCUGGCUAUCCAUCUUCAAAAACUGUAUACCCGUUUGAAAGACUACGCCCCGGAAGAGGACUAUCGGGAGCGCCUGAAGCAAGUCGCCGACAUCCCCGAGGCUCAGGACCCCGAAGAGGCCGCUGCAAGAUUGGCCAUGCCAAACCAUCCCAUAUGGGAUAACCCGCUGUUCAAGCAUGUGUCAAAGAAGAUCAUGCCCGAGACGAAAGACCCCAACCCGAUGGCUCUCGUCAGAGUCAUGACCAGCCUCGAGGGCGCCAUCACCAUCAACUCCCCUAGAGGUCUCUUCCUCUCAGGCGAAGUCGGCGUCGGCAAGUCGAUGUUGAUAGAUCUGCUGGCUCAGGGCCUGCCGACAGAGAAGAAGAGGCGGUGGCACUUCAACACGUUUAUGCUCUACACAUUCUCACAGCUCGAGAAGUUCCGUCGGUCUCACCCAGAGCUAAGCGGCAACGAGAAGGAGUACUCCAUGCUCUGGCUCGCCAAGAAACUUGUCGAGGAGUCUCCGAUCCUGUUCCUGGAUGAGUUCCAGCUUCCGGACAGGGCAGCAAGUAAGAUCCUGUCCCACCUGUUCAUAGCCUUCUUCCACCUCGGCGGGGUCCUCAUCGCAUCAUCCAACCGCAUGCCUGAAGAACUACAGAAGGCCAUCGGUGUCGAGUACACGGUCCCUCCGUCAGACGGUUUCCUGAAGAGUCUCUUUCUUGGUGGCGCACGAUCCAAGGCUACUCUCCACAGUCAAAACGACUUCGCAGCUUUUCUGGAAGUGUUGAAGGCGCGAUGCGACUUUUGGCACAUGGAAGGGGCAACGGACUUUAGACGUCGUGAAACUGGUGAGACUAUUGCAGUCGAGGCCCCUGUAGCUGGCUUUAUAGGUGGGGAGGAGCUGGCUAAGAAGGAGCCCAAAGACGAAACAUCAACACCUUCCAAGUACUUCCUGCUCACGCCCGACACAACCCCUUGGACAACUGCUCUAGCCCAGCACCUCUCCCACUCUUGGUCCUCAGCAACGCUGACAGUAUACGGCCGCACAAUCCCCAUCCCCCGCCAACACGGCGGCGUGGUUUACUGGGACUUUGACGCCCUCGUCGCGACCCUCGGCCCGGCCGACUACGUAACCAUGGCCUCGACCUACCACACCUUCAUCAUCGACAAUGUCCCUACCCUCACGGCCCUGCAGAAGAACGAAGCCCGCCGCUUCAUCACGCUCCUAGACGCCCUCUACGAAGCAAGGUGCAAGCUGUUCGUCCGCGCCCAAACGGGGCCCGACGAUCUCUUCUUCCCAGACAUCCGCGCCCAGGAGGAAGCUGUGGCGGCUGCUGCCGCCGCUGGGGAGGAGGUCGUCGACUCUGACGCGAUCCACUCUGAGACGAUCGCCGAGGUUUACCAGGACUCCGCGGCGCCGUUCAGACCCAACAUCUCCUUCUACGACACGGAACUUCCGACGGCCAAGUAUGACCCCGACCAAGACUCCGACUUUGGCAAGCUGGGUCACGUUGGUGGAGGCGGCGGGAGCCCCAACUUCAGCAACACGGCAGCAUUCACGGGUGAAGACGAGCGGUUUGCGUACCGUCGUGCGGCGAGCAGACUGUGGGAGCUGUGUAGCGAGGCAUGGCAUGCUCGAGGAGGUUCACCUGGGGAGUGGUGGACUCCUGUGCCCAGGGCGUCGCGGCACUGGGAGAACUCCUUGCCAUCCAAACCCAAGAAGGACGAGCCUCUGCCGCCGCGCGCCAGACAGGCGGAUGCCAUGAUGGGUCCGUCGAGGCCUGUUGACGGACCGUUCGGUACCGACAAGCUCGUUAUUGAAAGACGAGAAGCUUUGGAGGAGGCGGAGCGCAGGGUCGAGCAGUUCAGUGGGAGGUGA